CGUGGACAUCGCGGGGCGACAGAAUCAGCUCGGCGGCGGCGACGACGGAGGAUCACCUUGGAUCCCGGAGGCCGGAGCCGGAGGCAACGAAGAUCCAUCCCUGCUCUUCCCUUGCGAUUCAGCGAUUCGACCAAGCGGCGACGGCGAGAGCCAUGCAAGGGGCGCGUGUUAAUCUGAAGGGGUGGCAACAGGCAGCUGUUGCAUUCGGUUCUGCAUUUGGGGCCUUACUUGACCCUAGAAGAGCUGAUCUGAUAGCUGCUCUUGGGGAGACUACUGGGAAGCCAGCAUUUCAGCGUGUGAUGCAGCGGAUGAGGAACAGUGCUGAAGGCAGGGAUGUUCUCCUGGAGCGUCCUCGAGUUAUAUCCACUCAGGUUUCUCAUGCUUGGGACAUGCCUCAGAACACAUUUGGUGCAGCAUAUGCUCAGUUUAUGGGAUCAAGGAACUUCUCACCAGAUGACCGCCCACCAGUUCGUUUCAUGGAUACAGAUGAGCUUGCGUAUGUUGCGACCCGUGCCCGUGAGGUCCAUGACUUUUGGCAUGUGCUGUUCGGUCUUCCUACAAACCUGAUUGGAGAGACUGCCCUUAAGGUCAUUGAGUUUGAGCAGAUGUUCCUUCCUAUGUGCAUGCUUUCAGUUGUUGGGGGCUCUGCUAGAUUCAAUGAGAAACAAAGGACACUGUUUUUCCAGCAUUAUUUCCCAUGGGCUACAAAAGCAGGUCUUAAGUGCACAGAUCUUAUGUCUGUUUACUAUGAGAAGCAUUUUCAUGAAGAUUUGGAGGAAUUGAGGAGGAGCUGGGGAAUUAUACCAUGCCCUGAUCCCAAAAAGAGCAGUCUUUAGACUUUUAGGCUAGUACAAUUUGCAUCGAAGAUGUCUGAACUAACUAUGUUAGCAGUAGCUCUUUCCUUUGAAGAAUAAUAGCAGAAGUUAUGGUAUUGAUACCUCACUGUAACUUAGCAUGGCAAUGAAGCAUGCAUUGUUGAUAUUUCCUGUAUCAAGAGUUGAAAAGUUAUGUUUGUUCACGCCUUCUUCAGCUUUAAGAUGUUUACAUGA